AUGGCGAAGAAUGACGUCACCAGAAAAGAGCUACUCGAGCGAUGGGGCGUCAUCGAGCAGGAAGACGACGGCAACGACGCCGUUUCGAAUUUCCACCCCGUCAAGCGCCGCCGCCUCCGCCAGCUGAAAGAGCGGUGGUUUUCGGACGCCUUCAGCUUCCUGAUAUAUCUACCGAAAGAAACCCACGUUUGGUGCGGCUAUUGGGACCUCAUGGGACCUCUAUUGGAGACAUUCUACAACUAUUUCAAGGACGAAGGCCGCGAUUCUCCUCUCAAGCUAUUGUGGAGUAGAAUUUCAGAGGAGAUGAGGAGCUGCACUCUGUGCAUUCACCAGCACCACCAGGCGCAGGAGAUGUAUGCGUCGGAGUACGAGCAGAGCUGUAUUAGUCCUCUGCUGGAUGUGCUGCGCGUGCUCGAUGAAGAACGGAUAAGCUUGCACCUCGUGGAUCUUAAUGCUAGGAUAGUGACAGGGGAGUACGAUACAGAUCGUGAUUAUGGUGAAGUUGUUAGUGUUAUGUUUGAGGUAUUGACGUUUCCCAUCCUGUUGGAUGACCUCUCCUUGGCCACGGAGUUUCAAAUUUUUAUUGAAGCAGUUGAUAAUUCUCAUGAAUUGACAUUAGAUGGACAUCAACAAUACCCGGGAGUUUAUGCGCUGCUCUUUCUCAAAAGCAGAAGAGUUCGAUCUAUUGGUCUUCGCUUGGCUGGACAUAUCGGUAAACUGAGGAGAUCAUCAGAUUUGGAACCAUUGCAGCAUUUACUUAAGAAAUGCAUUUGCAUAUUAGAAACAGAGGGCGUGCAGGUAGCUGCUGAGACAUCAAGGCCGAGGGUACAACUGGAUCGAAUAACUGUAUGGCUUGGAAUGAAAGCACUGGUUGGGUUCUUAGAGCCUCCAGCAUUUGAGGAAGGGAUUUUAGAUCGGUAUCCCAUUUUCCUUAGUAUUGUGCUCAACCAUAUUAGUGAUGAUUCACUCGAGUUUUCUCAUGCGGUUAACUGCCUGAGACUACUGUUUGAGAAGCUUGGAUGUAAACUAUGGUUGAGGGCUACAUUGUCUCCUAGUGUUAUGAGAAAUACACUUCUGGGGCAGUGUUUUCAUACUCGAAAUGAAAAAAGCCAUAAAGAAAUUUUUGAUCUUUUCCAGCCUUUUCUGCAGUCUCUUGAAGCUCUUCAAGAUGGAGAACACGAAAAACAAAGAAGGCAUUUCUUAUACUUCCUCCUGCAUCAAGUGCCUGUGAGCAGUAAUUUUAGCACCUUGAUGAGGAAAAAGGCUUGUCAGAUUGCCCUUCUUAUUGUUCUCCGAGGUUACAUGAUGGAUCCACCGUGCCCACCUUCUGAAUGUGCACAUAUGUGGGGCCCAUCUUUGGUGUCUUCCUUGAAGGAUUCAUCACUGCACACUUCUCUUCGUCAACCUGCAAUAGAUCUUAUUCAAACUAUUAUAGUUUCUGAUGCUUGUGCGUUCAUCUCCGUCAUUUUGAACGGUCAGUUGCAUCCAAGUGAUAAACCUGUCAGACCCACUAAUUGUGAUGUGGAUGACGAUGAAGAGAUUCUGUCUGGAUUUCACAUUGAAAAGAAGGAUGAUAGUUGCUGGAACGAGUUCAUGCUGCAGCAUAAAAUAAUCUCACAAGUUGAUGGGAGUUGGAUGUGCGUACCCAUGUUAUGGUUUGAUGUUUUGGUGGAUACUGAUCCAUUGGUUCUUCCAGUAUCCUUCUCCAAAGCCACUUUUUGGGCGUUAUCUAGGUUUUCCCUGAUUGAGCCUGAAAAUAGCUCAGAAAUGACUCUUUCUGUUAGAAAUUGGUUGGCAACCUGUGCUUCAGAAGUUUCUUAUCUUUUCGGGUGGAAAGUUCCCUCUGGUUCCGAUGAUGGUGGAGAUGGAACAGAGUCGAGGAACUCUAUUAGAAUUUCAACUAUGUGCCUGCCUUUAGUUAGAACAUUUAAGAGGUUAACUGCUCAUUACAUUAUUAGAAUGGAGCAAGGAGAGCUUAGGAAGCAGUGGAUUUGGGAACCGAUGAUGAGCAACAGUUUGAUUCUCUUUCUUGUGGAUCCUAAUGAUAAUACCAGGCAAGUGGGUAAAAUAAUCCUUGAACAAAUUUCAAACCGGCGUGGCCUUACUUCUGGUCUGCAAUUCCUUUGCUCAAUUCCAUCUUCGUUGUUUGCUGUUCUUCUAGGAUUGACACACGCCUUGAAAUUGGUUCAGUUGGAUUCUGUGCUGUCAAACUUUCAGACUUUACAUCAUCUCUUCUUCAUCCUGUGCAAAUUGCUCAAAGAAGGGAAUUCAUCUUCUCAGACGAUGCAAAAAUCAUCAGGUGUUACUGAGGCUUCUAGAUUCUCUGAGCAAGGGGGAUUUCUAGUGCAACCUAUACUUGAUUCUUCACACACUGAUGGUGAUACACAUUUUUCAAUUGUUACCUCUGAAACAUGGAAGAAGUUUAGCUGCUUACUCUCACAAGUUGCAUGGCGUUCAAUAUUGAAAUGCCUCGAUGGAGGCAAGCCAUUCACGGAUUACUCAGUAUCUCAGAUGACGUGUAUCCGUUUGCUUGAAGUUAUGCCUAUUGUUUUUGAAAAGCUUCCCGAUAAUUCUGUUACGAUGUUGAAAGCUUAUGACAGCUUGAAGUGGCUUCAUGAUUUGGCUGAUUGGGGGAAGUCAUCACUUGCUGUUGUGAAUAGAUAUUGGAGACUUACACUGACUUAUUUGCUUGGUCAAUUUAGAGCAUCCUGCAGUAACAAAUCUGCUUCAGCAAUUAGAGAUAUUGAGAAACUUGUUUCACAUGAAAAGGUUUCUAUGGAUGAACUGAGCAAGCAAGUAGCACGGCUUUCUGUUUCAUUAAUAGAUGAGAAUUCCGCACUGAAUAAAAGCCACCCUUCGGAAGAAUCUGAAAUUUUAGUAGUAGAUGCAGCAGAAAGGAUACGUUCUGAAGCAUUGGCAGACUUGGAUGGAGGCCAGGUCAUAAUUCUUUCUGAUGAUGAGAAUGAAACAGAGGUUUCUACCAGUAUGGGGUUCUCUAACAGGCAGUCAAUCGCAAGUGCAUAUGAUGAUAACCAUGUUGAUGCAAGAUAUGCUGGGGAGUUAGAAGCUGACCCGAAGGAAAAAGAAUCUGGAAACCAUUAUACUGGUCAUUUUCUUGAGAAAGUGGGCUCAGAUACUAAUACAAGCAUACAAACGAUUCAGUCUCCUGUUCAAGCCAAGCCAUCAGAGAGCAGGAGAGAGGAAUUUGGUUUUGUUAAAAAACACUGUGUAGCCGAUUCCUUCCUGUUGAAAGACAAUUCAAAUUUGACGAAGAUAUCUGAUCGAACUGUCAGUUCAAAACAAAUACCUUCUCAUCAGUAUUCCAGUAGCAAGACCUUCGAUACAACUGUAACUCCCUCAAGCAAUGUUAGGAAGGUUGCAGAUAAAUCCUUAAAAACGAGAGAUGAAGUCUUAAAAGAGAUAGUCAGUGAUACUGAUGGUGAGGCGUGGAACUUUGCAUUUUUCAAACCACCAAGACGUCCGCAGACACUUAUUACAAAGCCAAACACUUCUGGUCCUAAACGACAAGUUAUCCAGCUUAGCCUACCAUUGGGGAACAGACCUGGUUCCAUGAGGAUGGGUGAUAAAGUGAAAAGAUUUCAGCCCCCCAGGCUCGAUGACUGGUACAGGCCCAUCCUAGAGUUGGAUUUCUUUGUGGCAGUUGGAUUAGCUUCUGGAGAUGGUAAGGAGAACCAAAAUGUUGGCAAAUUGAAGGAAGUCCCUGUGUGUUUCCCGUCACCUGAUGGGUAUGUUGAAAUCUUCAGACCGUUGAUUUUGGAAGAAUUCAAAGCCCAAUUACAGAGUUCUUACCAGGAGAUGGCUUCAUCAGAAGAAAUGUGCUUUGGAAGUUUAUCUGUGCUGUCAGUUGAGAGAAUUGAUGAGUUCCAUGUUGUUCGCUUUGUACAUGAUGAAAGUGGGUCCACUGCAUCUAAAAGUUUGUUGGAAAAUGAUCUUAUAUUGCUAACCAAACAACCUUUGAGGAAUUCCGUCGUUGAUGUUCAUACUGUUGGAAAGGUUGAGAGGCGUGAAAAAGACAAUAAGAAAAGAUUAAAUAUCUUGGCGGUGAGACUGUAUCUUCAAGGAUGUUCUCGUCUCGAUCGAGCUAGAAAAUUUCUCACUGAAAGAAGCAAGUGGUAUGUUAGUCGUAUUAUGAGCAUUACCCCUCAACUUCGGGAAUUCCAGGCGUUGUCAUCGAUAAAGGAAAUCCCAUUGCUCCCAAUCAUCUUGAAUCCUGCCAAUCAUGCUUGUGGUGAAUCAAAAGUCGGAAAUCUUAGUAAACUUUCUCAAUCACUGCAGCAGAUUUUUAGGACGUCAUAUAACGACAGUCAGCUGCAGGCUAUUAGUCUUUCUAUUGGUCCUUUUGACUUGAAGAAGGAUUUCGAGUUGAACCUCAUUCAGGGACCUCCAGGAACUGGGAAAACUCGUACAAUUGUUGCUAUGGUUAGUGGUUUGCUUGCUUUCUCCCAAAUGGACUCCAGAAGAGUACGCAAUUAUGAAUCAAUGCCCACCAGUAGUAGUUCUAGGACUAACCAAAAGGUUAGUCAGUCUGCUGCGAUUGCAAGGGCUUGGCAGGAUGCAGCAUUGGCUAGACAAUUGAAUGAAGAUGUAAAAAAUAAUAUGUCUACCGGAAGCUGCAGCAGAGGCCGAAUUCUCAUUUGUGCUCAAUCCAAUGCUGCAGUUGAUGAGCUAGUUGCAAGAAUUUCCAGUGAAGGUCUUUAUGGAUGUGAUGGACAGAUGUUCAAGCCAUAUCUUGUGAGGGUUGGCAAUCCAAAAACUGUUCAUUUAACUUCUCUCCCAUAUUUCAUUGAUACACUCGUUGAAAAUCGUCUUGCGGAAGAAAAGAAGAACGCGGGCGAUGAAAAUAGUGCAGACUCUUUAACCAUAAUCCGUUCUAAUCUAGAGAAGUUAGUUGACCGCAUACGAUACUACGAAGCCAAGAGGGCUAGCUUGGAGGAAGGGAAUUCUGACUCUAAAAUUCUAGUGGAAGGAGAUGGUGGAGAUGCCAAGGUAUUGUCUGAUGCUGAUCUAAAAGUGAAGCUAAGGCAGUUGUAUGAAAAGAAGAAAGCAACAUAUGCAGAUCUUGCCAGUGUUCAGGCAAGGGAGAAGAAAGCCAAUGAAGAAAUGAGAGCCCUAAGACAUAAACUUAGAACUGCCAUCUUAAAGGAGGCUGAAAUUGUGGUGACUACACUAAGUGGUUGUGGUGGAGAUGUAUAUACAGUGUGCUCUGAGCAUACAUCAGGCCAUAAAUUCAUUAACGUAUCUGAAAAUGCUCUGUUCGAUGCUCUUGUGAUUGAUGAAGCAGCUCAAGCCCUAGAACCCGCCACUCUUAUUCCAUUUCAGCUCCUAAAAUCGAGGGGAUCCAAAUGUGUCAUGGUUGGUGAUCCGAAGCAGCUUCCUGCCACAGUCCUCUCAAAUGUUGCUAGCAAAUACUUGUUUCAGUGCAGCAUGUUUGAAAGAUUCCAAAGAGCAGGUCAUCCCGUAAUCAUGCUCACUGAACAGUAUAGAAUGCAUCCGGAGAUAUGCCGAUUUCCUUCUUCCCAUUUUUAUGAGGGCAAAUUGCUGAAUGGAAAACACAUGACUGGGAAAACUGCAUCUUUCCACGAGACGUGGUGCCUUGGCCCGUACGUUUUUUUCGAUAUUACAGAUGGGCAGGAGCUUCGUGGAAAGAAUGCAGCGUCAUUAUCUCUGUACAAUGAGUCUGAGGCGGAUGCUGCCGUUGAGCUGUUACGAUAUUUUAAGAAGAGUCAUCCAUCGGAGUUUUACGGAGGAAGAAUUGGCGUCAUAACUCCUUACAAACGUCAACUAUCCCUGCUACGUUCACGGUUCUCAAGUGCAUUUGGAUCCUCUAUGGCAGAUGAUAUGGAAUUUAAUACUGUUGAUGGCUUUCAAGGCCGUGAAGUUGACAUUCUGAUCCUUUCUACUGUUAGAGCAUCAGGUUCGGGCUCUGAAACACCUGGCUAUAGCAACCUUGGGUUCGUCUCUGAUGUCAGACGGAUGAAUGUUGCUUUGACUCGGGCCAGAAUCUCUCUGUGGGUCUUUGGUAACGCGAAAACACUGCAGGCUAACCGGAGCUGGGCAGCCCUCGUGGAUGAUGCAAAACAGAGGAACUUGAUUAUAUCUGGGAGAAAGCCAUACAGUUCCAUCUGCAAAUGUGGACCUGGAGGCAGAAGGGAUGAACCCACUUUCAAAUCCGGGAAUACGCAGAAGAAGAUCACGAAGCAUGCUUCUGAAAGAACGAGGCAAUCCACUGAGACAACCGUAUCGGAGAGUGCCCGUACAGAUGCCGGUAAAGACGAUAACAAACGAGCUACUGAAGGGACAAAUAUCUCACAGGCAAAGGAGUUAGUUUCUGCUUCGGCUUCAGAUAGCAGGAAAAACAUACUGAAGGGCGCAACCCUAAAGUUGGACGAAAACCGAGAGAAAACUGCAAAAAGUUAUGCGGGCAAUAGUGAAGAAAAACCAUCUACCAUGGAAAAAGGUUGUGAUGAUAAUAGGAGACACUCGGCUAAUUACAUAGGAAAGGCGAAGAGUAAAAGCCAGAAACACCAGAGUCCUGUAUGUGAUGACACAAGAUUGAAACCCAAUAAGCAUGACAAGCCACCUGGGGCAAGGACCGCCACAUCAUCCUCCGAGAGAAGUAUCAAGGAGAAGCGCGAAAGAGGAGAUUCUAAUGAAGUUGAUUUACGUAAAGACUCUAUCAUGAAAAGGAAGCAGCAACGAGAAGCCAUUGAUGCUCUCCUGCCAUCGGCUCUUAUAUCUUCAAGGAAAUCCGAAUCUUUGGCAAAAUCAACUGUGAAGAGGACUCGUCCGGCAACAGAUCCUGGUGCUCAGCCAGUCAGACCCCCGAAAAGAAGAAGUGGUCAUGACUCAUCCGUCUCUUAG